AUGGAACAAGUGGAAAGCCACAGUGAGCUCAUACAUCAUGAAGCCGUGAAUGAGAGCACUUCCGGCUCCCACCCUGAAGCAACAAACAGCUUCACAGUAUCCGAUGAUGAUAUUCUGCGCGCCCAGGGCCACGAAGCAGUAUUCAACCGAUCGUUCUCUAUUGUUGCAUCCCUCGGUUUUGCAUUUAAUAUCACGAAUGCCUGGGUGGGCGCACUAAGCAACGUCGGACAGAAUUUCAGAUAUGGAGGGUCCCAAGUGGCUCUCUUUUCUGUUAUCAUUGCUUGCUUUGUGCAAUGGAUCAUAACCCUAGGGCUAUCCGAGCUGGCUUCGGCAUUUCCUUCAUCUGGAAGCAAUGGGACUGCCUGGCUUCUCGGAAUCAUCAACUCGAUGUAUUGCUUUGGUGCCAGCGACGGGGCGAUCCAUAUCGCCGAAGAAAUGCAAUCACCGAGUCAUCGACUCCCACAGAUCAUGUCAGCCAAGACCUGUCUCCUUGAAUAUGACACUAGCCAUUGGUCUGUGUACAGCAGUACCACUAUUAGCAGUCUUGAUAGUUGCCAUGAGAGACAUGGACCAAGCAAUGAACGCCGGAAUGCCAGCCGUGGAACUAUUAUACCAAGCAACAGGAUCAACCAGGGUGACCGUGGCACUGAGCGUACUCUUGAAAAUAAUAGCAUGCCUUCCUCCACAGUAGGUCACCUGUGGGCGUCUUGCAUGGGCCUUCGCCAGAGAUCGAGGUACUCCAUUUCCGGUCUCAUAUACCUUGUCAGCACCUCGGCUUUCAACUCCAUCAUUACCUCUGCCGUUACACUAUUGAACUUGAGUUACGCCAUUCCUCAGGGUAUUGCGCAAUGUCUGCCGAAGCGGCCGCUCGAUCUUGGUCGAUGGGGAUAUAUCUGUAAUGUUUUUGCGCCGCUGUGGAUUAUUGUGUUGAGUGUCAUGGUCUGUUUCCCGCCUGAUCUUCCAGUUACCCUGGGCUCGAUGAACUAUAGUGCACCUGUUUUGGUAGCAUUGUAUCUUAUUAUUCUUGUUUUCUGGGGUUUGAUAGGUGACGAGUUCAAGGGGCCCGAUUGGGAGAUUUUGAACCUCAAGAACGAGACGCCAAGCGACGCUUCGACAGACAUAGCUGGGCCGAACAUAGACCAGUGA